AUGUCGUUUUUCCGAGUGUUCAAGUUCUUCAUAGGAUACAAGUCUCCACUCAUUCCAUAUCUCCCAGAUGAGAUUCUUCUAGAAAUAUUUGGCUACUUGGACCACCCUUCCCUUCAGAAUGUCCGACUCGUUAACAGAGCAUUCUAUGCCUCGGCGACUGAAAUACUCUUCGCGGAGUUGAGGAGCUCUGUGCUCUCAAGUCCGUACGUGGUAGAGCGCGUCGAAAGCAUCCAGAACGCGGGUGGCUUGUCGCAGCUUGUAAGGGCGGUCCGCUUAGUUCCUAACGGAGAUCUUGUGUGGGAGGCCGAUUCUCCAAUAGGGUUAUCUAUUUCGGAUCGUGACCAAACAAAUGACCUCGUGAAGUGUGCAUACGAGGCCACCGUCGCCUUCCCAAAUUUGCACACCAUCGCAGUGGACUUAUCCCAUCUUGGCCCCGUCGAUCACAAAACCCUCCUGAACCAGUUAGCCCCGCUAGAGCCCCCAAUAUGGGCGCUGAGCCAGCUAUUCCGCUCGAUAUCCCGGAACAACGGCAUCCCCUUAACCGAACCCAAAAUCCGCAGCUUGGAGCUCACCAACGUUGCGCCAACGCUGUCACUCUACAAGAAUUUCUACAGGACCGAGGAUUUCAGAACGGUGAUGAAGGGCAUCAAGCAUCUAAAACUGUCGAUAAACGCCUGGGUAGUCGACCCACGCUGGGAGACGUUCGGUUGCGACUUCCCGUAUACUUACGCCCCUCACGAGUUCAUGAGCUUCUUCCCCAAAGCGUACCUGGACAACUCUAGUAACCUUCAAGAGUUAACCCUCCAGUUCAAGGAGUACGCUGGACUGUACCCGAAACUGGAUCUGCGCGGCCUUUCCUGCCCUUCGCUUACCGUGCUAAAGUUGUGUAAGGUCGUUGUUCUCCCACGUCGCAUCUUCGAGUGCAUCCUGAGCCUGAGCAGGACGUUGAAGACCCUGUAUCUCGUCAGCUGUCCUCUCCUGGUCGUAUUGGAGACAACUAUGGCGCUCGACAGGGAGCUGUAUCCAGUUGCAGGCCAAUCUACGAAUUACGGCUCUACCUGCCCGAAGUACGUUACCCGCUGUCGAUAUCGAGAUGUGUUCGACCGGCUGCGCGAAGGCCUGCCGAAGCUCACCGAGUUCAUCGUAGGCGAGCUUGAUGAAGAUACACCGGACGCCACACCCGACUCCGAGCAAGACAACGCUAGCAUUGCCACGACGGCUUCGAGCCAGCCGGCAUAUCAGCGCUGGAUUUCUUCCGCAAUUCCUCACAUCCCCUUCACUGGCGCAUUCCCCAUCAUAAUACUCCUUGCCGUCUGGGACGUCGUCACCUCAUCAUUCAAGAAAAACCGUCCUCCCCCGCCAGCGACUCCGAGCCGACCAGCGCAUCAACGCCCGCCUUCCCCCGCAACCUCUCACAUUAUCUUCGCCGUCGCGUUUCCCAUCACAAUCCUGCUCGCCUUCUGGGACACCGUCUUCUGCGCAUUCAAGAACAACUGUCAUCCUCUUCCUUAUUCUCCUCCUCCUCUCCGCCCAACCGUAGCCGAAACCCUGCAGUCCCGUAGCUUCGACUGGAAAAUCAGCGUCGGCCUGCGUCGAGAGCGGUAUAAGAUCUAUUCCAAGGGCCACUAUGAGGACCCGGGAGGCGAGUUCCACAAUGCGAACCUGGGAGGCGAUGCCGCGGCUUUGGUGCGACUGUGGAGGCAUACGGGACAACGCGCCGAAGCUGAGGACGUGGAAGCUAAGUAUGGCUUGGGGGCUGGCUAUCGCGAUUAUUGGAGGGGAGAAGAGGUUGACGGCCUUGUUUGGGUAGUAUAG